AUGGCGACUAUUCACGAUGAUGAUGAGUUAUUGCUGGCUCGCAUUGGUUAUAAGCAGGAGUUACGACGAGAGUUCUCCAAAUGGUCGACCGUCUCAUACGCCAUCUCUAUCCUCGGAGUCCUUGGCUCUGUGCCGGCAACAUUUGGUGCACCGUUAGCGGCUGGCGGUCCAGCAACAGCUGUAUGGUGCUGGUUGAUCGGUUCAUGCAUGGCUAUGUGCAUCGGAAGCUCGGUUGCAGAGUUAGUAUCGGCAUAUCCCACGGCUGGAGGGAUGUACUUUGUCACAAAGCACGUCGUGCCUCCGGAUCAGGUCCCUAUAUUCUCCUGGAUCCAGGGCUGGUGUAAUCUCCUUGGACAAACAGCAGGAGUCUCCAGUGUGGCAUAUACGGUCAGUCAGAUGUUGCUGGCCUGUGUCAGCAUGAACUCGGAACUUAUUGAUGGCAAGUAUGCGUAUGCACCGACGGCGCUGCAGACCGUUCUAGUAUCAAUCGCAAUUCUGUGCAUUCUUGGUGUGAUUUGUUCAUUGACCACGAAAUCAUUGCAUCGAAUUAUCCUUUGGUUCGCUCCUAUCAACAUUGUGGCGACCAUCUGCAUCUGCAUUGCGCUGAUUACCCUUACCCCUAAUCUGCAGCCAGCGUCAUGGGUCUUCGGCAAUUUUACUGAUGGCUCUGGAUGGGGCUCAAAGGUCUUUUCCUUUUUCCUAGGAUUUUUAUCUGUUGCCUGGACAAUGACCGACUACGACGGCACGACACAUAUGUCUGAAGAAACUCAUGAUGCCGCCGUGCGAGGACCAGUUGCUAUUCAAACAGCCGUCCUAGUAUCCGGAGCACUCGGAUGGCUCCUAACCGUCUCAAUGUGUUUCUGUCUCACCGAUUUCGAGGGAAUUCUAACCUCCCCUACCGGUCUUCCAGCCGCCCAAAUAUUCCUCAAUGCUGGUGGGAAACGAGGUGGCACGGUCAUGUGGGCAUUUGUUAUUUUGGUUCAAUUCUUCACAGGCUGUGCAGCCAUGCUGGCAGAUACAAGAAUGGCCUAUGCCUUUGCCCGAGACAAUGCACUUCCGUUUUCAAAGAUCCUUUCCAAAGUCAAUUCUCGCACUCACACCCCUGUUAAUGCAGUGUGGUUCGUGGUCAUCUUCAGCAUAGGUUUGAACUGCAUCGCCAUUGGCUCCACGCAAACAGCCACCGCAAUCUUCAACAUCACUGCCCCGGCACUAGACCUCUCUUACGUGUCUGUCAUUCUCGCUCAUCAGCUCUAUAAAUCGAAAGUCAAAUUCAUUGAGGGACCCUUUACGCUCGGCAAAUGGGGUACUCCUAUUAACUACAUUGCUAUUGUCUGGGUCUUGUUCAUCAGUACAAUUCUUUUCUUCCCGCCACAACUUCCUGUGACGCCCGCGAAUAUGAACUACGCCAUCUGCGUUGGCGGCUUUAUUGCCGCUUUUGCAAUGAUAUGGUGGUGGAUUGAAGCUCGAGGAAAGUACACUGGUCCUCAAACCAAUGAUAUCAUACAAGAAAUUCCCACCGAGGAUGAUGGCAAUGAUCUCGAAGAGUCAGGCGAGAUCAAUGUUUAG